AUGGCUUCGUAUCCGCGGGUCAAACGACAGAUUACAGUCGAACGGUGUGAAAAAUUUAUAUCGGAAAAUUUCUUUACCGACUUAAAUCUACGUUCUUCACUUUAUCGAAAAUGCACGGAUUCGGAAAAGUAUAUUCAACUGUCCGUGUACAAAGUUCCGGACCUUAAGCGCAUUAGCUUUGAGGAGGCU